UGAAACAUUUCCCACAGAGACACUUUGACACAUUUCUGUCUCUCCUCAGGCUGACUGUACACUUACCAAGAGACAUGGGUUUACUAGUAGUAGCUACUCAACAAAGCCAGGGAAGAGGUCGGGGAAGGAAUGCCUGGCUCAGCCCUCUGGGUUGUGCCAUGUUCACUCUGAAUGUCCAGAUUGAGCUGAACUCCAAGCUCGGACAGAGGAUUCCCUUCCUGCAGCACCUGGUUGCUCUUGCUGUAGUGGAGGCUGUUUGCUCACUUCCUGGAUAUCAGGACAUAGAUCUGAGGGUGAAGUGGCCCAAUGACAUCUACUACGGUAACCUGAUGAAGCUCGGAGGAGUGCUGGUGACUUCCACAGUACUGGGAUCAACUUUUCAUCUGCUCAUAGGCUGUGGGGUUAAUGUGACAAACAGCAACCCAACAGUGUGCAUCAAUGACCUGAUCCAGUCGUACAACUUACAGCACAACUGCAGCCUGCAGCCGCUCAGCUGUGCCCAGCUCAUCGCGAGAACUGUCAACUGCCUGGAGGCCCUUAUUGACAACUUCCAGCAAGGAGGCCCAGAGUCUGUCCUGCCCACGUACUACAAGAGAUGGCUCCACAGUGGAACUUGGGUGCGUCUCUGGAGUGAGGACGGCCCAGAGGUUCAGGUGAUGGGUCUGGACCACAACGGUUUCCUCCAGGUGCACAGCAAGGAGCAGGGUGUAGUCUCAGUGGAGCCGGAUGGAAACUCGUUUGAUAUGCUGAAGAAUCUGGUGGUCAUCAAAACACAUUAGGACCAAAUUCAUAAAGCACAGACUCAUUGUGUGUGUGUGUGUGUGUGUGUGUGUACUGGACCAUGUUAACCAGAUGUUUUUAUGUUGGUCAGGUUACGUGUUCAGAAACAUACAAUAGUGACAAAGACAGAAAAAACAUGCAGAGAUCUCUGCAAUGGUAAUGACUGGUGUGCUGGUCUGGGACUACUAAAUGAUGUUAAUGUCUUACAAUGUAUAUUCAUUUUGUCUUUCAAAAUAAAUCUUGUACCCGUCACUAGAAUGAUUCCAUGAAAACAGUGAACAGUGCGAUUUGGACUGUUGCUAUUUUCAGCAAAAUAAAGAUUUCCACACACGUUUUUUUGUCAUUUCCCUGGUUAGACCCUUUUUUCUGUAAUCAUGAUUUUCAGGGGAAGCUUCAAAUGUUCCGACAUAUGGAGGACCCUGGAGUGUCCUGAAAGGCCUGAGGAUAA